AUGGCCUCAUCUUCAUCCAACGUCGUUGGAGUUCAUUACCGAGUGGGGAAGAAAAUCGGCGAGGGAUCCUUUGGUGUGAUUUUCGAGGGCACAAACCUGUUGAACAGCCAACAGGUUGCCAUCAAGUUUGAACCCCGUAAAAGCGAUGCUCCUCAGCUUCGCGACGAAUACCGAACAUACAAAAUUCUUGUUGGAUGCCCCGGCAUUCCCAAUGUGUACUACUUUGGACAGGAAGGUCUUCACAACAUCCUGGUGAUUGAUCUGCUAGGCCCCAGUCUCGAAGACCUCUUCGAUCAUUGCAACCGUCGGUUUUCCAUCAAGACCGUGGUCAUGGUCGCCAAGCAAAUGCUCUCCCGUGUUCAAACCAUCCACGAGAAAAACUUGAUUUACCGAGACAUAAAACCAGACAACUUCCUGAUUGGACGUCCAGGAAGCAAGGCAGCCAAUGUCAUCCAUGUCGUUGAUUUUGGCAUGGCCAAACAAUACCGCGACCCCAAGACUAAGCAACAUAUCCCAUACCGCGAGAGAAAAUCCUUGUCGGGCACAGCUCGUUACAUGAGCAUCAACACCCAUCUAGGCCGUGAGCAAUCGCGACGAGAUGAUUUGGAGGCACUGGGUCAUGUCUUCUUGUAUUUCCUCAGGGGUGGUCUUCCCUGGCAAGGAUUGAAAGCUGCUACAAACAAGCAAAAGUAUGAAAAGAUUGGAGAGAAGAAACAGACAACAGCUGUCAAGGAUUUAUGUGAAGGCUAUCCAGAAGAGUUCAACAAGUAUCUCAGCUAUGUUCGUAAUCUCGGUUUCGAGGACACUCCGGACUAUGAUUACCUCCGAGAUCUCUUUACACAAGCCCUGAAGAACACGGGAGAGGUUGAAGAUGGUGAAUACGAUUGGAUGAAGUUGAACAACGGACGAGGGUGGGAAUACAAACCAUAUUCAUCGCAGCAUCACCCACAUGCUGGAAAUCAAAUUCAGAACUCAUCUUCUCGCGAUCUCCACGGCACACCGGCCCGUCAGCCAUCACGGCCCGGCAUCACUGCGGAUCGUUUAAACGCCGCACAGCCCCCUCCUCCAUCUCCAGCAAAACCGGGCGCUGGAAAGACACGCGACCGACAAAGCGCGUCAGGCGGUCUCCAAGGAAAGCGUCAAAGCGGGCUGGCAGGGGGUCAGGAGAUCUCGACGCCGACGGCAUCCACUCAAGCUCAGUUUCAGAACUCCAACGCGAAUCUCCCAGGCCGUCUCGCCACGCCGAAUAACCAGGCAACGACAAGCGCGCAACAAAUUUCGGGCCUCCAGGGAGCUAACGAACCAGAGCCAACCUUCAUGCAAAAAGCCAUGAGAGCUCUGUGCUGUGGUACGGGUCGGAAGUCUUGA